AUGAAACUUUGUCUUAAAGAUCAAUUAUUUUCUGAAACAGAAAUUCGUUUAAAAGUACAAGAAUUAGCUUUACGUAUUGAACAUGAUGCUAAUAAUCGUCCAAUUGUAUUUAUUGUUGUUUUAAAUGGUGCAUUUAUAUUUGCAUCAGAUCUUAUUCGUUAUAUUCAAAAUGAUAAUAUUCAAUUGGAUACAAUUUGUACAUCAUUAUAUAAAAAUGAUAUGAUUGCUAGUGGACAUGUUAAAUUACGUAAAGAUAUUGAUUUAAAUUUACAAGAACAUUAUGUUGUUUUAAUAGAAGAUAUUAUUGAUACAGGUCGAACAUUAAAAUAUUUAUCAGAAUAUAUUAUGAAUAAAUAUAAACCAUAUUGUUUAAAAAUAUGUACACUAUUAGAUAAACCAUCACGAAGAGUUGUCGAUUUAAAAGCGGAUUAUGUUGGAUUUACUAUCGAUGAUUUAUUUGUAGUAGGAUAUGGAAUUGAUUGUUGUGAAAAAUAUCGACAAUUACCCUAUAUUUCUUAUGUUGAACAAAUAAUAGAGGAUAAUUAA